CCCCCUCACGCCCCGGCACCGAUUGUUGACAAAAGACGCCGAGCGCGGAGACGACGCGAAGGGGGCCCCGUUAUCUUCCACAGCGGUACCCCGGGACCACCCGAACGGAUACCACCCGGUCCACCACCGAGAGGGGGUAUAGACGCCAGCGAGACGGGAAGGUGGCGCAUGGAGGCUCGCCUCUUCGUCUUCUAAGUCUUCUUCUUCUUCGUCUUGGACGCGAAGGUGUGGCCGAGGUGAUCCGCUUGUCGGUGCUGGUCUGACCGCAGAAGAGAGUGCCAGCCCCCGCCCCCUCUCCCUGGAAGACAAAAAAAAAAUUGACCACUAAAAAAAAAAAAAAAAAAAAAAUGGGUCAAAUAUUGUGAGAGGAAGCGCCAGACGAGGAGGAGGUCUCUUCAGCCCGGAAUGGUGUGAGCUGACGCGGCCAGGCAAGUCUGGAUCUGACCGGGGACCCGUCCUCCUUCCCGCGGAGCCUGCCGCGGCCCGAGCCCUCCAAGAUGGGCAAGUGCGACGGGAGAUGCACCCUGCUGGUCGUGUGCUGCCUGCAGCUGGUGGCCGCCCUGCAGAGGCAGGUGUUUGACUUCCUGGGCUACCAGUGGGCGCCCAUCCUGGCCAACUUCCUGCACAUCAUGGCCGUCAUCCUGGGCAUGUUCGGCACGGUGCAGUUCCGCUUCAGAUACCUCAUCUUUUAUGCAGUGUGGCUGGUGCUGUGGGUGGGCUGGAACUCCUUCAUCAUCUGCUUCUACCUGGAGGUGGGGAACCUGUCUCAGGACAGGGACUUCCUCAUGACGUUCAACACGUCCCUGCAUCGUUCAUGGUGGAUGGAGCACGGUCCCGGUUGCCUAGUGACUCCCGUGCUGGACUCGCACCUGGCCCCCGACGACCACCACGUCAUCACCGUGUCCGGGUGUCUCCUGGACUACCAGUACAUGGAGGUGCUGAGUUCGGCCGUUCAGAUCCUGCUGGCGCUCUUUGGCUUGGUGUACGCUUGCUACGUCAGCAAAGUCUUCCAGGACGACGAGGACAGCUUCGACUUCAUCGGUGGAUUUGACUCGUACGGCUACCAGCCUCCGCAGAAGUCCUCGCACCUGCAGCUGCAGCCGCUUUACACCGCUGGUUAAUGGAUGCUGGCGCCCCCUUCAGGCCAAACCCCGACAGUGCCACUGUGGACGGACCACCAUGGUCGCCCCUGAUUAGACUCUGAAGAAUGGACUUCUGUGUGUGUGUGUGUGUGUGUGUGUGUGUGUGUGUGUGUGUGUGUGUGUGUGUGUGUGUGUGUGUGUGUGUGUGUGUGUGUGAGGAAGAUGAAGAUGAAGAUCCCUGCAUGGAACUCAGGGAUGAAGCAGCGUGUCGGGACGGAGACAACGGGAGGGGGCGGGACUUAGACCAAGGAGCAGACACCUCUUGUCCAAUCACCACUUCCUCACUCCCCACACGUGAGUGUCAUACAGUGUUUGUCACGGACCAAUCACCUUGCACGCUGCCGGUCGUGGGCGGAGUCACGGGAUGGAACAAAAGAAAAGAAAAAGGGUCAUUUUUAGAAUUGUGGUGAUAUCAAACUAGAGCAGUCGUAACUUUCCUGCGCCCAAAGCCAUCUACUUCCUGUCCCUGUGGGCUACCCGCUGGGGCGAUACGACUGAUGCCAAAUACGAUACCCACACAAAAAUACCAGAAGUGGGGCAAAAACCGAGGUAACUUGUGCGUGUUUUAAGUAGGGGUUUUUUUUUCCGAUCCGAUGUUGAUCAAUAAAAAUCAUCAAUAAAACAAGUGUGGCACGAUAUCAUCUUGAAUGUGAAAUGUGCAACAUGUGCGAUACAAGCGGCCCUGCAGCGUGUUGACUUGUGUCUGAUAUCAUGUGCAAUACAAACAGUCCUGCGGCGUGAUUACUUAUGUGUGAUAUCAUGUGCGAUUCAAGCGGUCCGGAGACGUGUUUGCUUCUGUGUGAUAUCAUGUGCGAUACAAGCGGUCCUGGGGCGUGUUUACUUACGUGUGAUAUCA